AUGUCUAACUUUAUGCACAAAAUGAAGGAUGCUGUCACCAGCCAUCUUCACAUGAACAAAGGAUCUAACAAUGACUCGUCCAGGAUGGAGGGCCCGGUCAACGAUGCCAGUAACGCUCCCAAGAUGGGCGACAAGAUGGAAGGUAAGAGCAUGGUCAGCUCCCACGCCUACGUUGUCUGUACUAAUGGGUUAGGCCCUGGCAACACUAUGGGCGCAACCAAUACCGGCACUACCAGUUACGACUCAACCGCUCCUGACACCAACAUGGGAGAUACAAUGAGAACCAGCGACAACUACGGCUCUACCACAGCAGGGAUGGGCGGUUCUGGCACUUAUGGUACUGGAGGACAACUCGACUCCUCCAAGAUGGCUAGCGGCAUGACAGAUACCAAUCCUAGUUAUGGCUCGACUGGCGCUGGUAUGAAUCCUACGACCUACAGCUCUACCGGGGGUUAUGGGUCCGGAGAGGUGAAUACAGGCUCUCGUCUCAAUGAGUCCAGGAUGGCCAACGAAAUGAAUCCUCCUUUCAACACCAGUCUUGGGGACCGCGAGACCUAUGGAGGCAACAUGGCCUCGACGACCACCCCGAUGGGCCAAGCUGGGAACACCAUGGAAAGUGGAGCCAACACCUACAACAUGGGUUCUUCCAACAGGGCCAACCAAAUGGAGAAUAGGGCCCAGGAAGAGAUGGGAAACCUCUCUGGCCAGCCAGGCUUUACUGGUGCUGCAGCCGGCGGCAGCAGCUAUAACGCACCCAAGCCCACCAGCAGGAGAAGAAGCUCAGGCCCACACAGCUCCAACUUUCUCAACAAGCUGGACCCCCGGGUGCACAGCUCGGAUUAUGAAAACGUCGCUGCUAAUAAUCAACGCGGAAACUAG